UAGCGGAUAGUCUUUGAAUAUCCGAAAUGGCUUGCAGUCAGAAUGGAGUUGACCAUAAUAAUACCACUGGAACAUUGCUUACAAAUAGUCACAACAAAUCUAAAUGGGUCAAACUGAACGUUGGGGGCCAAUACUUUGUCACAACCACUACAACUCUAUGUAAAUAUCAGAAGUCAUUUUUGUACAGACUAUGCCAAGAAAACCCAGAACUUAACUCAGAUAAAGACGAAACUGGUGCGUUCUUAAUCGACAGGGACCCUACUUAUUUUGGACCAAUUCUAAAUUACUUACGACAUGGAAAACUUGUCAUGAACAAAGACCUAGCUGAAGAAGGAGUCUUGGAAGAAGCGGAAUUUUACAACUUAGCUGAACUUAUUCGCCUAGUAAAGGACCGCAUUCGUGAACGAGACAAGGUGAAUGCGCAGCCCCAUAGCAAGCAUGUGUAUAGAGUUAUACAAUGCUUGGAAGAUGAGCUUACGCAUACAGUGUCUGCUAUGUCUGAUGGCUGGAAAUUUGAACAGUUAAUAAGUGUGGGUUCAUCAUAUAGCUAUGGCAUUGAUCAGGCUGAGUUUUUAUGCGUGGUUUCGAAAGAAUUAUCAAAUAGUUGCACCGGGGUACCAACUGAACAAACAAACAAAGCGAAACUUAUGCAAGAGCAAGGCUCUAGGUUUAUAAUAGUUCUCGCUCUGGUUGGCUUAGUUGGAAGAAGUUUUGAAUACCAAGCAACAGCAAUGGAGAGAGUCAAAAUAUUAUCAUCAGCAAACUCACUUGCUAUACAUUCAGGGAAUGUGUUGUACAACUUAGUUAUGUCUAUGGAUGAGAUUUGUGCAUCUCUGUGUGGGAAUGUGAAGGCGUGGCUAAUUGAAAAUGUCAAUCAACCAAUCUGUCAAAGCAAAAAAUCCUCUUUAUUCAUUGAUGGCGGGUCUACUUAUGAAAUGGAAAAUCGCGACGAUAUUAAAAUCACAUUGAAGGUUUUCCUCCAGGCAUUUGACUCCCCAACUCUACAAGAGGCACUUGAUACAGCGUUGGGAGUACUGAAGACAUCUCGUAUUGAUUCCGUCCUUCUUUCGUUUCCACCAAAUAAUUCCGACUCAAAUUUCCAACAAUUUAAGUUCUCAACAAUAGAGGCAGUUUGGAAGAAGUUAGAAUCUUACGUUGAGAACCAUGCAGUGAAUAAAAUAGGGGUUUGUGAUUUUGAUGGGACAAGUUUACAAGAUCUGUUUACACAUGCAAAGAUCAAACCGACCACAAACCAGAUUAAUCUGGUUCAGUGUUGCACACCACCUGAUGAUCUGGCUGCGUUUGCUGCUGAGAAUGAAGUCAUGUUGCUUACACAUAGGGACCCUACUGUAAUCCUACCUCCCAAAACUGUCCAAUGCAUAUUAUCAGAUACAGGGGUGACAGGAGAUUGGAGACCUAGCUAUCUAUUAAGAUAUACUUGUGUUGUUAAACUGAGAGAGAUCGUGAAAUGCAGAGGUUACCUUGUCAAACUAUCCAACCGUCAAGCCUCAACCUGAUUAUUUAAUUUAUGUUACUUCUCCUACCAGGCAUAACAGAAAUAACCCAACAGACUUAACAUCGGAAAUACACUCCUAUUUUUCCCGAUGAAAUGUUGGAAAUAUACUACGUUUUUCUUGCUAGAUAAGGUGUUGAAAUACUAUUUACAUAUUUAAUUUGUUUUUUUUAUACGGAUACUGGUGUUUAUGUAAUUUUUGGGUGCAUAGGGUUUAAUGUGCAACUAUACACAUAUAUUUUAGCAAUUUCGCGUAUUUGGAAUUGUUAUUAAGUGAUUUAAAAAAGCUAUUGCUGCUAAUUUUAGUUAAAAAUGCCAUGUCUUUUUGAAUGAAUGUUAAUUGUUUGUGCUCGUGUGGCUAGAAAACAUCACGGAUGUUCUGUUUUAUACACCUUAUGCCUGUUUACGAGUUACCACGUAUGUUACUUUUGUGUAGUUAGAAAUACUAUAUCAUUUUAAAUGAAUGUUAAUUGUUUGUGCUCGCAUGACCGUAAAACGACAGCGAUCAGGAUGUUCUGUUUCAUACACCAUAUGCCAGUUUACAAGUUACCACCUAUGUUACUUUUGUGGGUGAUCUAAUGUCAUCAGUUCUUUGUGGAAAAUCUCACGUGUGUAGCAAGAAAUGCCCAAGCUCUGGAACCUAAAUUAUAUCAUGGAAGUAAUUGGUUAACUUAAGAAAUUUGCCAGAAACUUGGUCACUUUAUUAAGUUACCGAGUUACAUAUUGAACAAAUAGCAUUUUUUUUUUACUUUUUUUGUAGCAAAACAAAAUAUCUUAAAAUUUAUCUUGCAUUUGUAUAGGCACCCCUUAAGUUUUAUUUAAGUUUGUGUAGUGUUAAAACCUAUUACUGAAUAACAUGCCUUCCAAUAGAUUAAAUGUGCAAUCACAUCUAAUUCUGCCAUAUUUGUCCACUUUUUAGCAUGGUAGCCAAGUUACAGUUAUUGCUUCCAUAAAAUUUUUGCUUACUUUUUAAAUUAUACAGACGGUGUAAUUUGCUGUGCAUUUUCAUUAAUUAUUUUAUAAACUAGCGUACUAUUUCCAUUUUUGCACUGUUUUCAUCUGCAAACUAUAUAUCAAUGUGUCAAUAUCCAGUCAUUGAUUGUUUGAUCAUGCAAUAGUACAUUAUCAUUGUGUUAAAUGUAAAUUGUGUUUUAAAACGCAGGUUACAGUUUAGUUGGUGAUAAACAUUGCAUUUAUUCGAAUGUAAUUCUGCUAACAAAUAUAUUCAAAAAAAUAUUUGCUAUUGUGAUAAU